AUGACAGAAAUACUUGUCCGAACAGAGGCAAUAAGUAAACAAAAAGCAGUAGCACAGGAAAAACGUGCAGUUGAACUUAAUAAUAACUCCUCUGCACUCACCAUACUACUCCAAAAUAAACUUAAACGCUCUAAAUCGAGAGGGAGUAUAUUCAUUAAAGGCAAACAAGUAUACGAAGAUCCCAAACUUAUCACAGAAUUAUUUAGUGAACAUUUUUGUUUCUCACUAACUAACGAAAAACCAUUUAAUGAUUCAGAACCAAUCCCAGUAACUCCCUGUGAAAUUACUAAUGUAGAAUUCAGUGUACAAAAUAUCUCCAAGGCAAUCAGUACAUUGAAACACUCCUACACUGAUGGACCAGAUGGUAUCCAUCUAGCAUGCUAA